UAACCAACUCUCUCUUCCGUCAAAACACACAGCUGAUGCUUUAUCAGAGUACAACCUCAAAAGAAGGGUGGAUCUGGUGAACAGCGUAUUAAAAAGGCGCAUGCACAAUUCAUGGAUACGCUAGACCAGCUGGAAUUAAGCCUCUUGCGUUGUCGAGAAGUCUUGGAACGAGCAGAUCGUCAGGCGCAAUCUGCUGCAUUGUCAAUUGGUCAAGAUGGGUUACCCGAGUUAUCCAUCAAGCAUGAUCCAGACAAUCAACCCGUUGGUGGUCUAGCUGAUUAUGCACAACCGGAGGCUAUGACCAUUAUUGACUUGGAAGGUCGAAAACCAUCAGAAACACCCGUUGCUUCUGACAACAAUGCAUAUGGCAUGACGCCUAUUGCACAAGCUGCCGAGACACCCGCGUCACUCUCGCUAGAUACGCGCAUACCGACUGUUGUGAGCCAGGAAAGUGGAGCCUUAUCUGCCAUUUCUGCUGGGAAUGCCCUGACCUUUCUACAAGAUUUGGGGGCUGCUACGGGUCCAACAGCGUCGACGGACGGUGCUGGUGGUCAAACGAAUUUGCCGACAACGCAGACAGAACAGGAGCAAGAAGACGCUGCUGUUGCCAUGGCUUUCUGCAGCUCUGAGCAGUUCAAUUUGGCAACGUGCACCUUCAUCUGCUCCAAAAUAUACAAGUUGCAGGUAUAUGAAGCAGACAAAAGCCUACUCUCGGGGCUACGGCGACUAAGCUAGCUGGACCAGCAAUAGCUUGAUGCAUGGCAAGGCUAGCACAGGGCGCCACAGCGACAAGCAGUAUGGAUGUCGUUGAAACAGGAAUGGAGAAGGACACAGUUGAGCAUGGAUAGUCAGCAAGAAAGCUGUGAGACACUGACUGAUAUACUCCAUAGACAGUUACAAGCUGCGUCGUUGAGACUUUCGACCCCUUGCAUGAUUCCCCUGAAAAGUAUAGCACAUAUAAGCAUGCGACGGCGCAUCUGUCUUGCAGUAUAGAAUAUAGAGUCAG